AUGCGUACAAUCACCAGACGAUGCAUUCCCGAGAAUGGAAGUCUACUUAACAACACUCGAUUCAGCACUCGCCGUUUCUCAUCCGAGAAGAAGCCUGAACAAAAGCCUAAAGACGACGAAGGCAAACCAUUUAACGUGCCUAAGGGUUUCGAAGGCUUUUUUGGGAAGGGUGCUGGGGCUGAGGCAAAGCGAUCUGCCGAUGAAGCUGCAAAACAACACAGUAAGCGAUCUGCCGAAGAAAUCCCUAAACCACCAAAGAACAGCUCUACCGGAGGAAGCAACGGCGGAAAUGGAAGCAGUAACGGGAAUAACAAAACCCCCGAGAUUCAAAUUACUACUAACACUGUGUUGGGUACUGCAAUUGGUUCCUGGCUUGUUUGGAAGCUGGUGGCACCUGCAGACAAUUCUCGUGAAGUAACCUGGCAGGCAUUCAGAAACCAAUUACUUGACAAGGGUCUUGUUGACAAACUUGUUGUCUUGAACCGCAACCUUGUUCGAGUCCACCUUAACCCUGGCGCCGGAUCUCUUGGUGUAUCGCCUCAACAGACAUUUUAUUUCACAAUUGGCUCAGUCGACAGCUUUGAACGUUCUCUUGAAGAAGCUCAGAAUGAAUUGGGUAUCCCCUCGAACGAGCGUAUUCCUGUAUCUUACCGUGACGAAAUUAGCCUCGGAAACACCCUUCUCCAUUUUGCGCCUACUCUGAUUCUGGUCGGUGUGCUUUACUACAUGACCAAACGUGGUCCUGGAGGUGGUGGACAAGGCGGUAUCUUUGGCAUCGGUAAGAGCAAGGCAAAGAUGUUCAACCAGGAGACAGACGUCAAGGUGAAAUUCAAGGACGUAGCUGGUGCAGAUGAGGCCAAGGAAGAAAUUAUGGAGUUUGUCAAGUUCUUGAAGAACCCUGCUCUCUACGAGCGUUUAGGUGCUACAAUCCCCAAGGGUGCUAUCCUUUCUGGUCCCCCUGGUACCGGUAAGACUCUGUUGGCAAAGGCAACCGCUGGUGAGGCUGGUGUUCCUUUCUUGAGCGUGUCUGGUUCUGAAUUUGUGGAGAUGUUUGUUGGCGUGGGUCCUUCGCGUGUCCGCGACCUGUUUGCGACUGCUAAGAAGAACGCUCCGUGUAUUAUCUUUGUUGAUGAAAUUGAUGCAAUCGGAAAAGCCCGUGGUAAGGGUGGGCAAAUGGGUGGUAAUGAUGAACGUGAGAGCACUCUCAACCAGCUUUUGGUUGAGAUGGAUGGUUUUGCCUCGAAUCAGCAUGUAGUGGUCUUGGCCGGUACUAACCGCCCUGACGUCCUUGACCCUGCAUUGAUGCGCCCUGGCCGUUUCGAUCGUCAUAUCGCAAUCGACCGCCCCGAUAUUGCCGGCCGUGCUCAGAUAUUCAUUGUCCAUUUAAAGCCCAUCAAGACAAGUGAAAACAUGGAACAACUUUCUCGCAAGUUAGCUGCGCUCACUCCUGGAUUUUCCGGUGCUGAUAUACAUAAUGUCUGUAACGAGGCUGCUCUUAUUGCUGCUCGUUACCACAAGGAUGAGGUUCAAGAAGCCGACUUUGAGCAAGCCAUUGAACGUGUUAUUGCUGGUCUAGAAAAGAAGUCGCGUGUUUUGUCUCCAGAAGAAAAGAAGACUGUGGCCUACCAUGAAGCUGGACAUGCCGUUGCUGGCUGGUAUUUGCAACAUGCUGACCCUCUUCUCAAGGUCUCCAUUAUUCCCCGCGGUGUUGCUGCCCUUGGAUAUGCUCAAUAUCUGCCCAAAGAUCAGUAUCUUUAUUCCGAGAAGCAGCUGUCGGAUCGUAUGUGUAUGACUCUUGGUGGCCGUGUUGCAGAGCAAAUAUUCUUUGACACAAUCACAACCGGUGCAAGUGACGAUCUCCAAAAGGUCACCAAGAUUGCUUAUGCCCAAGUAACCACUUACGGUAUGAACACCAAGGUUGGACCUUUGUCUUUCCAUGAUCCUUCUCAGGAACAGCAAUUCCAGAAGCCUUACUCUGAGCAGACUGGCGCCUUGAUUGACGACGAGGCUCGUCGUCUGAUCACAGAUGCUUAUAAGCGUACUGUUGACUUGUUGACAGAAAAGAGAGGUGAUGUAGAAAAGGUGGCACAGUUACUAUUGGAGAAAGAGGUCAUUACACGUGAAGAUGUGGAAAACUUGCUGGGCAAGCGUCCAUUUGUGGAGAAGACAGUCUAUGAUGAAUAUGUUCGCAAGAAGGUAACAAAGAAAAAAAUUAAACAUAAUUGA